CUCAUAUUUUGAGUUUAGAUGCAAAUUGUUCAAAUAAUCGAAGCCAGCAUGUUUUAUCUUAAGUGGUGUUAUACACCAUGUUGACAAUGUCAUCAUGGGGUUCACAUUGUCGGAAUACAUCUGCUAGUCUCUUAUAUACAUCGCAUUGAAAUAAACGUAUUCGCUACUCGUUCUCUUUCUCGAAGGUACUGCGUCAACAAUCUACCAGUUCGAUCUUGAAUUGUAUUUUAUACAGCCACGAAAUUCAAACUUAAUUAAUUUUCUUGCAUCAGCGCUAGCAAUGGGGAAGAUGGAAUACGGUGUCUUCAUAUCUUCUAUCACCGUAUACGUAGUAACUGUAUUUGGGAUUCUCGGUAAUAUAUUGGUCGUCGUCUCCAUACUAAACCAAAGAUAUUUGUUGAAAAGCAACUACUACAUUCUCGUUUUACAGCUUGCGAUAUGUGAUCUGGGAGUACUGACCAUUAACCUUUUAGAGAUUAUUGUCCGUCAUUCGGCUGAAGAACCUCAUUUCCUUGGUUCCCUCCUGUAUUGUAUUUUCGGUAAUCUAUUUUAUGUUUUUCAAGUCGCUGGAGUUGGUAUGAUGUUGAUCAUUUCAGUGCUUCGUUAUCGUGCUACUGUACACCCCUUAAGACCUGCCAUCAGUCGACGGAAACUGAAAGUUUUUUGUGGUUUGGUGUACAUUGUUGGUUUCAUUGUGGGUUAUGGAACAUAUCUACCGUUCUGUUUUGUAGAGCUGAAUUUUUAUUGGUUUAUUCGACUAUCGAUAGUAAUAGUUAUAUAUAAUCUUCUUCCCACAAUAUUUAUGGCUGUAGUUUAUUAUAAAAUCGGUCGAGCACUUCUCAAACAAAGCAGGCACAUGAAGCGUGUAUGCCCAGAUGCAGUAAGAAGGAGACACAUUCGAGAUCGGCGAACAUUUCUUGUUUGUCUUGGCACCGUUCUUAGCUUUGGAAUUGGAAUUUUUCCAAUUUCUGUGUGGUAUAUAUUCACCUUGGCUCAUGAGUAUAACUCAAUUGAAAAAUAUGUCUGGAUGUUCAUUGUUGGUGUUGUUCUGCGCCUUGCUGGUUCAUACUCGGCAAAUCCUGUUAUAUAUGGAAUCCUGGACAAAAAAUUACUCACAUUUUGGAAAGAUUGCCGCAAGAACACACUGAGACCACAGGAACAGCCCGUCAUUUGCGAGACAACUUUAUAG